CGCGUACGCUCCCUUCCUCUCCAGCUCCUCUGGGGUCUGCCUUGUUGAUAGCGGCUUUUGCUUUCACACGUGCAAUCUCUUCUAUGCGAAGCUCUCUCUCGUUGGUAUCCGAUUACAAACUCAUCCUGCUCAUUCCGAAUAGGUGCAAAGCCAUAGCAACCGACGACCAUGGGGGCUUAUCUGUCGCAACCCAACACGACCAAGACCUCAUCCGAUGGCGGCAACAGUAACAUGAGCUACGGCUACUCUGCCAUGCAGGGCUGGCGCGUCUCCAUGGAGGAUGCUCACAAUUGUAUCCCAGAAUUUGAUGAAGAAACAGCCAUGUUUUCGGUGUAUGACGGACACGGAGGUGAGGAGGUGGCUCUGUACUGUUCAAAGUACCUUCCUGACAUCAUCAAGCAGCAGAAGGCUUACAAAGAUGGCAAACUUCAAAAGGCUCUGGAGGAUGCCUUCUUGGCCAUCGACAGCAGUAUGACCACCGAGGAGGUCAUCAAGGAGCUCGUCCAGAUUGCUGGGCGUCCCACUGAGCAGCCACCAGUUCCAAAGGUGUCAGAAGAGGACGAUUUGGACACAGAGGAGGCUGCUUUACUGCACGAGGAAGCCACAAUGACCAUCGAGGAGCUGCUGGUACGCUAUGGCCAGAACCUCAAUGCAGUCAAGCAUGCAGCUGCCAUCAGUGCGGCAGCUAAGAAAGCGUCCUCGCAGGCGGAGGCCACCGGAGACAAAGAGGAAGUUGGGAAGGCACAGAAGGAUGGGGUAAAUGGAGAGGUGGAGGAGAGCAAUGGGAAGGCGAAGAAAGGCGAAGGAGCUGCAUGCGGGUCGAAGCUGCGAGCCUGUCGGAGAACAGGAGGGGAAGGCAGCGGUUCAGCGGACUGUGGGGGUUCAGGAAGCGCCAACGGAGAAGAAAAGGCUGGUAAAGCAGAGGGAGACGCAGGUCCCUCCUGCUCCUCUCUGUCCACUAAGGAGGCAGCCGAUUCCAAGUCCAGGUUCUUUGAAGACAGCGAGGAGUCUGAGGAGGGAGAAGAGGAGGGCAGCGAGGAAGAGGAUGGCAGCGAAGAGGGUGACAGCAGUGAGCUCGAAGAAGAGGAUACAGACGAGGGAGAAGACUCUGAAGAGGAAGAGGGGGAGGAGGAAAUGUGCCUGCCUGGAAUGGAUGGCAAGGAGGAGCCGGGGUCGGACAGCGGCACCACAGCCGUCGUAGCUCUGAUUCGGGGGAAACAGCUGAUCGUGGCCAAUGCUGGGGACUCUCGCUGCGUGGUGUCUGAGCGUGGCAAAGCUGUCGACAUGUCGUACGACCACAAGCCAGAAGAUGAGGUGGAACUCGCUCGCAUCAAAAAUGCUGGAGGGAAAGUGACAAUGGAUGGACGGGUCAACGGUGGACUUAAUCUCUCCAGAGCUAUUGGUGAUCACUUCUACAAGAGGAACAAGGCUCUGCCUGCAGAGGAGCAGAUGAUUUCUUCGAUGCCGGACGUCAAAGUUCUGACCCUUAACGACGAUCACGACUUCAUGGUCAUUGCUUGCGACGGCAUCUGGAAUGUGUUGAGCAGUCAGGAGGUGGUGGACUUCGUCAGCGAGCGGAUCAAACCGGACAAGAGCGGCAAUGUCAGACUCCUCUCAUCCAUAGUGGAAGAGCUGUUGGAGCACUGUUUGGCUCCCGACACAUCUGGCGACGGGACAGGCUGUGACAACAUGACCUGCAUCAUCAUCACCCUGCGGCCACACCCAUCCACCGCUCAGCCAGACGACACGAAGAAGAGGAAGAGCCAGGAGGAGGCAGAGGAGAACGGAAAAGAUGGCAAAAAGGCUAAAAGCAACUAAAGGAAAGGGAAGCCGUGCCAAGGGAGCAGCUGGUCCGAGGCCACCCAGAAGCACCAGAGACACGUUCUGUUUAAUCCUUAGCUCACAAACACGGUUUCACCCUAAAACCGAUGUUCAUUGCUACACGUAAGAUCGGCUGAACUAAGAUCAGUGUAUUUUUUUUCCCCUCCUGUUUAAAGCCAAUUCUCCCAUUAACUCGCCCCCACAUUUCCAGUUUAUUUCUUGGAAAGAAGCUGGACACAUGUUUCGUCCCUAAAUGAAUAAUUAAAUAAUAAUAUUAAACAAUUCCCGGGCACCGUGAAUAGCCCGGUAUUUGUAACUAGAAGCAAUCGUUAGGACGAGGCAGACGUUCACCGCUCUGUUAUUGUUCAGAUGUUCUUCCACGCAACAUGGCGGCCUCACCCUUUGGUUUCAGUGGAAGUUUGAGGGUGGCUCUCGUGACCGGCUGCCGAUCCCACUCUAAAGUGUAACUCGAACGCUUUGUUGCAGCUUUUCAGUAUGUAGCCACACAAUGCCCCCUACGGGUCGUCGCAUUACACGGCAUUCAUUGUUUCUCAAAGUGCCAUUUAAACAGAACAUGAAUUCCUUUCUUAUAGGCACCAUAUCGCAUCCUCAAAUUAAUCGAAACCAGAGCAAGGACCCGAAAUGGCUGCAGUUAGAUUUGCCGUGAUAACGGUAGAGAAAGUGAUUAAAUGAGAGGAUAUUAGUGUCUUUUGUAGUCGAGAUUGACGAUGCGGCCAAAGUGCGCUUGUUAGUCCAGAGUUAAAUUGAAUGUGUUGCUUCCCUGAUUCAGUGAGCAAGAGGGGCCGAAGGAUUAGCGGUACCAGUCCAGUGGCUCUUGUUUGCCAUUUUAAAUAUUCCCCCCGUAUUGGCACCCAUUCAUUAUUUUUUUCAUUCUUGCGGGUCACACAAAAACCAAAAAAUACCCCGCCAUCAUCGGCCCCCCCCCCCCCCCCACAUUCCUGCUUUGUGUCUAAUUAAAUCUGUAAAUGUCCAGAUGAGAUGCCGGAGGCUUCGUGGGCUUGUAUACUUUUCCUCUGUAGGAUCUGAUAGCAGGAAUCGAGCAGAGGUAGCGAGGUAGUGAGUGACGGUCCACCGUUCUCUGCUCUCCCCUGUUUCUGUUGUAACAACCUUUUAAGAUCCUCUUUAGAACAUGUUUUAAGUAUAAACGUAUUUCCACUCAAAUGUUUGUUUGUUUUUGUUGAUGAUACAUUUGUUGUUGACUGGUGAUCUUAUAAGGAAAACAUUUGUGAGCACACGCUGAAAAUGCCCUGACGCUAAACUGUAGAUGAUGCACAAUGUUACUCUUUGAGUGGAAAUACAAUUUAAACUUAAGAGCACUAAGACAGUGUAGCUGUUGAGAAUAACUGUCUUUAUUUGCAGAUGUCAUUAAAACCACAUUGUGUGACUGUAAUUUUGUUUCUAGUGAACUAUCUUGUCACCAUGACCUUUUUUUCUGUACAUAGUUUUUUCAAUACUUGUAAUUGAAGAAAAAUGUUUUCUCUUCGUAAUUGUGGGUCAAUGUGACAUUUUUGGUGCAUACUCUUUUGACACCGGUAUGUAAGUACAUACAAAUACAUUUUUUAAAUAAUGACAA